AUGACGCCGGACACCAUCCGCACGGUGAUCGGGAUAAUAGGCAAUGGGACUGCCCUGAUGCUCUAUCUAUCCCCUGCGCCGACAUUCUACAAUAUCUGCAAGAAGAAGACGGUGGAGCAGUACUCGGCGGUGCCGUACCUCGCCACGGUUCUCAACUGCAUGACAUUUCUGCUCUACGGCCUCCCGGUGGUGCAGCCGCACAGCAUGCUCAUCAUCACCAUCAAUGGCAUCGGCCUAGCCAUCGAGCUCACCUACAUCGCGAUCUUCCUCGCGUACUCCGUCGGCGCCGCCCGACGCCGGGUCCUCCUCAUCCUUGCCGUGGAGGUUUCCUUCGUCGCCGCCUUCGCCGCUCUCGUCCUCAACCUGGCCCACACCCACGUCCUCAGGUCCAUGAUCGUCGGCAUCUUCGGCGUCGUUGUUGGCACUGGCAUGUACGCCGCGCCGCUCUCCAUCAUGAAAAUGGUGAUUCAGACCAAGAGCGUGGAGUACAUGCCCCUGUUUCUGUCCUUGGCCUCGCUCGCAAGUGGAACCUGCUGGACUGCCUAUGCCCUCAUCGAGUUCGACAUCUACAUCACAAUCCCCAGCGGGCUGGGCGUCGUGUUCGCUUUGGGACAGUUGAUCCUAUAUGCGAUCUACUACAAGUCGACGCAACAGAUCCUUGAAGCCCGCAAGGGCAAGGCCGACCAGAUACCCAUGACGGAGGUCGUUGUCGACGGGAAGAACGACAACACCACCAGCUCUGGCGCCCGAAACGGCCACUACUAG